AGUCUGCAGAGCCACCCACUACACCACAGCCGUCGACAUGGCCUGCAGACUUCCCUCCGCCGCCGCUGCCCUCUUCGGAGCCGUGGCGCUGCUGUCGCACCUCGCGACCGCAGCCAAGCUGCCUGCCUCGUUCAAGCGGUGCAAGGCGGGAGACCCACAACUUGGGGGCUGCAUGAAGGAGGCCAUCAACGUCGCAAUCGGAGAACUCGCUAAAGGCGCGCCCAGCCUCGGAGUGCUGCCCAUCGACCCGCUGGCCAUCUCCGCGUUGAGCAUCGGCCGCGGCAGCGGGCCCGUCGACGUCAGUCUCGACUUCAAGGAACUCACCAUCCACGGGGUCUCCUCCGCCGUCAUCGAGACAGCCUCGUUCGACACGAAGACGCUGUCGCUGGACAUGCAGGCGCGCUUCCCCGGCCCCGUCAGCCUGCUGGGCCAGUACCGCAUCGACGGCAAGGUGCUCGUGCUGCCCAUCACGGGGGAGGGCCGCUGCAACCUCACAUUCGCCGACCUGAAGACGACGGUGAAGGUCCGCGCUGAAAGGGUUGUCAAGGACGGGCAGACGUACGGCCGCGUCCUCAGCUUCGGAUUCUCGCUGCAGCCGCAGCGCCUGCACAUGGACUUCGAGAACCUCUUCAACGGCGACAAGGCCCUGGGGGACAACAUGAACAAGUUCCUGAACGAGAACUGGCAGGAGAUCCUGAAGGAGCUGCAGCCCGCUGUGGAGGAGGCCUUCGGCGCUACCUUCAAGGAGAUCGUGAACAGAAUCUACCAGAGGGUGCCGUACAAGGACCUGCUGCUGGAGUAGGCCUCCCUCCCACCUGCCACUUCCCACCGUCCAUCCCCCAUCCCCAUCAGCCACCGCCACCGACACGGCGUGGCCGGCAGCGUACAAACCGAGAGGGUCGGCUGGCCGACAGCUCCGGGCUGCGAGUCUUCGUCAAGAGCGCCGCCGCAGCCGCCGCGCCCCCACACAGCGCCGCUUCAGCCUGUCAUCCAUUAUUUAUGAUAAUAAA